GGGAAACUGCAAAUUUGGAGCUCAGGCUUUCCAGUGCGCACAGAUCUCUCCUCUGCUGCACCGUCCGAGCAGCUCUCCGCUCUGCAGGAUGAGUUCGUUCAGCACGCGGGCCCUGACGCUGCUCUCGUCGGUUUUCGGGGCAUGUGGGUUGCUGUUGGUGGGCGUGGCCGUGUCAACAGAUUACUGGCUGCUGAUGGAGGAGGGUAUCGUCCUGCAGCAGAACCAGACCACCGAGGUGAAGAUGGCGCUGCACUCAGGCCUGUGGAGAGUCUGCUUCGUGGCAGGACCGGAGAAGGGCAGAUGUGUGGCGUCGGAGUAUUUCACCGAGCCAGAGAUCGAGAUCACGACAGAAAACACAGCCAACAUACUCAAAAUGGUCCGCACUGCCACUCCCUUCCCCAUGGUCUCCCUGCUCUUCGUCUUCACCGCCUUCAUCAUCAGCAACAUCGGACACAUCCGGCCGCAGCGCACCAUCCUGGCCUUUGUUUCUGGAAUCUUCUUCAUACUGUCAGGUCUCAGCCUGGUGGUCGGUCUGGUCUUGUACAUCUCCAGUAUCAAUGACGAGGUGAUGAAUCGACCCAGAGAGCCUGAGCAGUUCUUCCACUAUCACUACGGCUGGUCUUUUGCAUUCGCCGCCUCCUCCUUCCUGCUAAAAGAGGGUGCAGGCGUGAUGUCGGUCUACCUCUUCAUGAAGCGUUACGCUGAGGAGGAGCUCUACAGGCCUCACCCCGCCCUCUACCGCCCCCGCAUGUCCGACUGCAGCGACUACAGCGGCCAGUUCCUCCACCCAGACUCCUGGCCUCCACCACAGCGGGGCCGCAGCGCCUCUGAAGUCUCCUCCGACAUCUCCAUCCAGCUCAACCAGACCUCCCCUCCACAGCCCCCACCCAAAGGCGGCAGCAGCUCCCAGCAGACGCCCUCCUCCUCUGGGCCUUCAUCAGCGGCCAGCUACCAGCUCCAGCCGGCCUCCUCCUCCUCCACCUCCUCCUCUUACCCACACCCCCUGCACAUGGCCGCCACCUCCACCCUGCCCAGAUCGUCCCACGCACAGCCCCACCCCCACCCGAGCGGCCCCCCACCACAGUCCAUGCCCAUGGCGGCGCCGCCCUCAGCCGUGCCUCCUCCUCGCUAUCAUGCACACAUGCGAAUGAGCGCCUCACCAUGCUAG